GGUCAAUAUUGUGUGUCUGUGUUUUUUUUUUUUGGUGUGUGUAGAGAAAACGAGACGAGACAACAAUGUCCACGAUGACAACCUUGAUUCUAAACCUGGGUCAGCACAUGACCGUGUCUCCGAGCUUCACUCGAAUAGUCGCAUUCGCACCAUCCUCAAUCACUGUAACUCUGACUCUCCAACAUGUUUCUUCUUCUUCUUCUUCAGUAAUUCUAUGCGAUUCUCAUUCCCAUUCGCCCACACGAGUCAGGUCCUAUUCCCACCCGUUCCCAGAAUUCAAUGACCAAGUUGAAGACCUUAGGGUCCCUGACACUUGGUCAGACCCAACCAUGGCCUUGCAGGAAUCGGAGUGGCUUAGGGUUACUUUACACAAAUGGUUGGAUGAUGAGUACUGUCCAGAAGAAACGAAUGUGGAAAUAAGCAGAAUUGCUGCAAACUCGUACUACAAUUCAUUGCUACAGAAGCAAACAGACCUGGGUGAGAUUCUGUUGAAGAUGGCCCGUGAGUUGGAGUCUAUUAAUUACAAAGAGAGUUUCCAUGGGGCUUUCUCAUCAGCAAAUGCUGCUAUUGACCUCAUUGCACAACGGAUAGAACAGUUCUGCCAGUCAAUUUGAAUUUGAAUGCAAUGAUUUGUUUGCUUGAUUUGUUUCACAACUAUUGAAUAAUACAAUCUUGUUUCUUUCUCGCCUUCUUAACUUCAAUCCUAGGGAAAUGUUCUAGUGUAGGCCAUUUUAUGGAACUUUGUGAUCUGAGAUCUAUGGUGUUUAUUUCUGAGCUUGCUGAAAAUGAAAUGAAUCUUACAAAGCAGUGUGUUCAUGUUA